AAACACGCGUGUCCCAUGAUGAAAGCGCAUGCUUUACGCUGUCGGCCUUCUGACUCGCGCGGAUGAAAAAUAGCUGCACCGGUUGUUUGUCGAUAAGGCGCGGUGUGCUCUUUCCUGUCUCCAGGUUGACAGUCGGCGCGGCUUUUGCGACAAGUGUGGGCGUGGGCUGCGUAAGUUGAGAUCUCGCCGUGACCGUGCGUCGAGAACUUCCAGGAUGUCGCGAUUUUCUGCAAAGCGUUACGGCACCGCGGGUCAGUCAUCGGACAACGUCGUGAUCGAGCUGGAGCGGUUGUGGAGGCCCAUCUUCGAUAAGUACGAUCGUGACCACGACGGCGAAAUUCCUCUCGAGGAUAUCCUGCAGCUGUUGCGCGAAAAAAAUGAGGAGCUUCAGCACGACAUUCCGCCGAGCGUGCUCGAGGAAAUCGUCGAGAGAGCCGACUGGGAUGCCAACGGGAAAAUUUCGUACGCGGAAUUCAAAAGUAUGGUACAUGCUUACGACUUGGCUGAGCACAGGCCACGUUUCCUUAGACUGGUUCACUAUGCCGCCAUGACCGUUGUUCCCACAAAACAGCGAGCCACGGUCGUGCGUCGGUACAUCGACGAGUAUAGCUGCAUGCCUCCACCUCUCUUCCUGAUCACUGUCAGCCUCGUUGAGGUUGCGGUGUUCAUUUACUAUUGUGUGACCCUUGAAGAGUUCUCAGCUGUAGGUCCUGUGCCAAAGGACAGCCCACUCAUCUAUAACCCCCGGCGACGAAAAGAAGCGUGGCGUUAUCUUACUUACAUGUUCAUACACGUCGGUGGCUUCCACAUCUUCUUCAACCUUCUUGUUCAGCUCGUGCUUGGCAUUCCACUUGAAAUGGUCCAUAAGGGGUGGAGGGUCAUGCUUAUCUACGGUGGAGGAGUUGUGGCUGGAUCUCUUGGGUCAUCGCUGUCAGACCCAUCUGUGUUUCUUGCUGGAGCUUCUGGUGGCGUGUAUGCUCUUAUUGCUGCUCAUUUGGCCACGCUUAUUCUGAACUUCAAGGAGAUGGACUUUGCUUGGGUUCGCGUCAUAUUCCUUAUAAUAUUUGGCAGCACGGACGUUGGUGUGGCUGUGUAUACACGCUACAUGGAGGGGGAAGAGGAGAAUCGCGUGAGCUAUGCUGCCCACCUGGCGGGUGCCACCGCAGGCCUCCUGCUCGGCCUUCCCACGUUGCGCAAUCUUGUCAAGCAUCGCUGGGAGGUGAUCACGGGGCGGGUAUUCUUUGCCGUGUUUGUUGUUCUCAUUCUCGCUGCCGUCCUGGUGAAUGCUUUUUACGAGGAAUACUUUCCAAAGUCGGAGAUGUGAGGGACCGGGGGCGGGAGCAUUGUCAUGGGGGAGAGCACAUGGGCUUCUCUCGCCUUUCACAAGAGAUUGUUGUGCUUGAAAGAACGGCUAACUACAAUUUUAUGGGGAACGAAACUGUUUCUAUUAACAUGAGAACUACGGUACACAAGUUAAAGAAUAAGGUCUGUUCGAUCCAUCUGCACCGCCUGAACCAGUUCACGAGGUGUCACGCUUUGCCACUCAUGUCAGCAGUACAGCACUGGUCGUACUGUCGGGCUUUGUACAGCUGUUAAGCAGUACGUGUGCUCUGAACCUUGCGGUUCAUUUUGAAAAUUGUGGGACUGUUUCGUGAUUGUUGUGCACCCUCUGUGCUGAUGGUGCCAGCUUGGCGCAAGUGCGCAGCUGAAAUGCAAUAGCAGAUGACAUGGCACAACUAUGUAGGCGUCACUUCAACUUUGCUCCCAUGCACCAAGAGCUCCUGCGCGACGUGAGGUGUGUUUUAGAAGCAACAAUACAUGCAGUUUGCACCCUUCAAACUAAGAUGAGCGUCAGGUACUGAGUGAGCAAAAGUGAGGCAUACAUGCCGAACUUGAACUUCACAAUUUCUCAUCUCCUCGUGCCCUCCGUAAACCGGUUUAGAUAGGUGCAGGCAAAUUGUACUGGCCUUUAAUCGAAGGACUAGUCGAAUAAGCUGCAGCAUUGCUGUGGAAAGGAAGCUGUGCUCACUGCCAUAGUAAGUGUACAGCCAUCGAAAACUUGGGCUUUCAUGUUUGUGGGUUUAAUUUGUGUAAAAAAGGAAUGUUAUUUUUAACUGGAGUGAACAAAGCACACCAUUCUCACACAGCAAAUAUGUUCUACAUGAAAUUGAUCCCUUCUGUCACUAUGCCAUGUGUCAUGGUAUGACUCUCGGCUCGGAAAAUCUUGGUGCUGGCUCAAUAUUACAGUAAAUACAUGUUUGUAGACAAUGAUGAGCAGGGAAGGUGAGAGGGUGUAUUGUGGCUUUAAGUGGAAAAACUGCUUUCAAUUAGAUGUAGCAAUGGUCACAUGAGCAGGAAUUGUCGUUUUGCCUCUUGAGAUGCCUUGAGCCAGGCGAGUUGGUUGUGUCAACCGUGUUUUAUGUAGGUGGCAGCCCCGCUCUACAGCUAUCCCUGAACUGGUGCCUACUUUUGAUACAUAGGAUGCUGAGAUGCUUAUCACCGUGUUUGAAAGAUAGCGAUGCACUACGCGGUACGUUUUUUGUGCUUGCGAUGACUUCAUCAUAAUUGAACAAAUUUCAUGCACACCUAAUUAAACCAUGUGUGUUGUGAGGCUAAAUGGGCUCUGCAACACCUUUUUCACAUUGUGCACGAAAAUUUAUGAACCAUUAAAUUUAACUGUAGCAUUGUUUACUUCUUUUUUUCUACAUUGUGAUGGCAUUGUUGCUCUGUUACAGUUGCUAAUACGCAUAUCGUUGAGCCUAACAAAUAAUGACAUUUUAUCAACAAAAGAAAUCUAGAAAAGAAAUAACAACGAAUAACACUGAUAUGCUUGCGUAUAGUGCAUCACAGAAAGAUGACAAUGCCUAUUUGCAAUGAAUCAUAACAUAAACAAAAUACUAGUAUAUAUAUAUUGUAGCUGCAAAAUUCUGAUAACCUCUGAAAAAAAAUUACAUUAUUUGGUUAACGGUAACUCCAACUGUGACAGAGCAACAUUUCUGCUUUAAGUAGUAACUCAAACUGUAAUACUGGUACUCCUUGCUGGUUAUGUACCCAUGACUGCCUGAAGGCUCUAAAAGUUUUAUUGUCGCAUAUAAAAACAUGUUGCUGUACCCAUUUAGCCAUGUGUAUUCACUGCUUACAUGAAAACAGUGUGUGCCUUCUGCAAAGCAAUUUGCAUAAUCAUUUGGCAACCAGAAAAAAGCUAAUUAUGCAAUUUUAGUUUAAAAUUUCUGCACGUGUAAGUAAUUCACUGGGAACAAGCACCUCCUGCUUUCCUUAGGCAGAAACUGCCGUCGAUGAAAUUUUGUGAAGUCAUGUGCUAUAGUUUGUUUCUAACCUUUCAUGUGUGUCUCACUUCACGCCGUACACAUCCAAAGAUUGUUAUUUUUAUAGACAGGCAACAUGUGUUCCGAUAAUGCUGACACUUCUGUUAAUCACCAGGAAAGCCGUGGCUGCAUUUUGAACAAAUCAACUUGAUCAAAACAAUCAACAAUGAAUGUUUAUUUUGUGUUAUACUUUCUGAUUAGUGAUUCCUUGUGAAUGACAGUGAAGGAAGCACAACCAGAUUUUUAUAUUUGUCUUGAAUAUCUUGAAAAAAGUGAUACCUUUACAGUUUUGCUUCAUCAAGAUCAAAUUGUUUUUGGAGUUAUGUUUCAAUUUUGUGCUCUUAUUUUGUGUCGCUGGACAAAUUGGAGAGCACUGAUCAUACGUUCUACUUUUAGGCUAGUGUAAUAUAAUGAAAUAGUACUUUAGAACAAGCGAUGAAAAUAAGGAAAGCAAAAUGUCUAUUUUGGGAAAUUUUUUUAACCUGUGUGCCUUGCUGAAUUCCAGCGCACUUCGGUGUUCUUUUUUUCCCUCCACUUGCUGUGAAAAUUUCAGAAGAUGCAUCCAUAAACUGAGCACUUCAUUUAAUGUACUAUUCUUAAACUGAGCACGAAGAAAAAGGAUGCACAUGUGCAGCCUAGGACUGCCAGAGAAGGUGAGGAAGUCGGGAAUGUUAAGGGCAAGAUGGCUCGAUGUCUGAUUUCUAGCAUUAGCUCAUAGUUUUUUUUACAUUCAUGGUGCCGAAAUCCUUAUGAGGAGUGUACCCCUUUCUACACGUUACUAGAGGCAUCUUCUACUCCUCCACGUCCUUGGGUGGCGAGGGUCGACAGACUGACGAGUGUUUCACUGAUUGUUACUGGAGAAGCCAGAUGCCUACAUACUCACAGCCGAAAAGCUUGAAUCAUGGAUUGUCUCUCAAGGCCAAACGUACAGCUCAACACUCCAGAACACCAAGCUGCUGCAGAAGGACUGAACGCAGGCAAUGCCAAGCUCACAGGUUUUCCGACUGCCUCAACGCGAGUAAUCUGGGACUUUCAAGUAUCAACGCCUCUCUCGGAGACCACAUUCCCGAUGACGAGCUGGGAGCAGAAUAUAGCGCUGCAGCUGAGUAUAAUGAUCUGUGAGCCUGAAAAAACCUUCCUCACGCCAUGUCAGUAAACGAUGUAAGAGGCCUUUGGAAGUUGUCCGAUGCCACGCAGCUGCAGAAUGGCAGACGAAAACGCUCAUUGAUAUCGCGAAGUUUAGCAGUCUUCAAAAGCUUCUGCGCGUACCAGCUUGGAUCUUGCGAUUUGUGAAUCAAAGUUGAAGAUGCUCUGCAGUGAAUUCGGUCGCAAUAUCAGAAGAGGAGAUAGUAAAUGCCGAAAAGUUUUGGAUAUGUCCCGUAUAAUGAGAGGCUUUUCUUGCAGACAUACAGCAGAUCAUGAAUGGAAAAGCUCCUCAUAAACACUGUUUUGAGAGACUAUCCUCCUUUCAGCAAUUAAAGUAGACAGCUUGGACUCGUAGGGCAAUUUGAACGAAUGAAUGGUAUAUACAAAGAGAAGUAUCCCAUUAUUUUACCGAGAUGCAACCACUUUAUUGUUCAUAAUUAUAGAGGUGCACUGCAAAGCAUUGCAUGGAGGCAUUUCUAGUACUAUUGUAGAAGUUUGCAAGCCUCACUGGAUUAUUUGUGCUCAUUGAGAAAUUAAACGAGUCAUGCACGCUUGUUUUCUGUGAAAACAGCAUUGCACGAAUCUGGUGAAAGUGCUGUAUGCUUCACUGCCACUCGAUCGAAUUGUCUCUUCAAGGCCGUUGGUAGUAACAAGGAUCGAUUUGGCAGGACUUCUUCAUAUUGUAACGAA